AUGGUAUUCUUGGCAACACUGAUCACCCCCUCUGCACACGGCCCCCCUCUGCACACCCCCUCUGCACCCCCUCUGCACACGACCCCCUCUGCACACGCCCCCUCUGCACACGACCCCCUCUGCACACGGCCCCUCUGCACACGACCCCCUCUGCACACGGCCCCUCUGCACACGACCCCCUCUGCACACGGCCCCCUCUGCACCCACACGGCCCCCUCUGCACACGACCCCCUCUGCACACGGCCUUCUGCACACGACCCCCUCUGCACACGGCCCCCUGCACACGACCCCCUCUGCACACGGCCCCUCUGCACACGACCCCCUCUGCACACGGCCCCCGCUGCACAGGACCCCUCUGUACACGGCCCCCUCUGCACACACGGCCCCCUCUGCACACCGCCCCUCUGCACACACGACCCCAUCGCACACGACCCCUCUGCACACGGCCCCCUCUGCACAACGACCCCUCUCACACACGGCCCCUCUGCACACGACCCCUCUGCACACGGCCCCUCUGCACACGACCCCCUCUGCACACGGCCCCCCUCUGCACAGGACCCCCCUCUGCACACGCCCCUCUGCACGACCCCCUCUGCACACGAACAACGACCCCCUCUGCACACGGCCCCCUCUGCACACGACCCCCUUAACACACCUUCUGACACGACCCCCUCUGCACACGCCCCCUCUGCACACGACCCCCUCUGCACACCUCUGCACACGACCCUCUGCACACGACCCCUCUGCACACACCCCCCUCUGCAGCCCCUCUGCACACGGACCCCUCUGCCACACGCCCCCUCUGCACACGGCCCCCCUCUGCACACGCCCCUCUGCACACGACCCCCUCUGCACACGACCCCCUCUGCACACGACCCCUCAGCACACGCAUCCUCUGCACAUGGCCCCCUCUGUACAGACCCCUCUGCACACGACCCCCUGCACACGGCCCCCUCUGCACACGACCCCCUCUGCACACGGCCCCCCUGCACAUGGCCCCCACUCUGCACACGACCCCCUCUGCACACUACCCCUCUGCACACGGCCCCCUCUGCAAAAGACCCCCUCUGCACACGCCCCCUGCUGCACACGCGCCCCUUCUGCACACGACCCCCCUCUGCACACGCCCCCUCUGCGACCCCCUCGCACACGACCCUCUCUGCACACGCCCUCUGCACACGGCCCUCCACGCGCCCCUUGCACACGCCCCCUCUGCACCACUCUGACCGCCCCCUCUGCACACCGCCCCUCUGCACACGACCCCCUCUGCACACGACCCCCCUGCACACGACCCCUCUGCAUACGACCCCUCAUGCACACGGCCCCUCUGCACACGACCCCCUCUUCACACGACCUCCUCUGCACACGACCCUCCAUACGACCCCCUCUCACACACCACGCCGUGCUUCCCGCGCUCACUGGUUCAAAUAUAAGCUGACCCAACGUUGA